AUUUUGUUUGUAAUUUCAAUAUCCGACUGUUCCCGCCCGUUUCCAGCCACUUCUCUCAUCGCUAUGGACUAACUUUUCUUCCAACGGCAGAAGCAGAUUCCAUUUCUCUGUUUCGUCUCUGCCAUUGAUCGUAGAUCGUCAAGAAAUCAAGCUCGAUUCUUUCUCCUCCGUUGCUAAUCACUCUCACUCUCUAUCCUGUUGUUGGCUGAGGAGUAUUUGUGGUCACUCGAUUUCGCAAUCCGAAACCCUAGCAACACCAGUAGAGCUGAUAAUGAAUCAGUACCACAUCUAUGAAGCCAUUGGCCGUGGAAAGUAUUCGACCGUGUAUAAAGGGAGGAAGAAGAAGACGAUCGAGUACUCCGCAAUUAAAAGCGUGGAUAAAUCGCAGAAGAACAAGAUUCUCCAAGAAGUCAGAAUACUUCACUCCCUUGAUCAUCCAAACGUGCUCAAGUUUUACUCAUGGUAUGAAACUUCUGCUCACUUAUGGCUGGUGUUAGAGUACUGUGUUGGAGGAGAUCUCAUGAGCAUCCUGCGCCAGGAUGGCAAAUUACCCGAAGAUUCAAUUCAUGAUAUUGCUAGUGAUCUUGUCAGAGCAUUGCAGUACUUACACUCGAAAGGAAUCAUAUACUGUGAUUUGAAGCCAUCAAAUAUCCUACUGGACGAAAAUGGUCAUAUAAAGUUAUGUGAUUUCGAACUAGCUAGAAAGUUGAGUGAGAUAUCAAAAACAAAUUCAACGGCGCCACAAACGAAACGAGGCACACCCUGUUAUAUGGCUCCUGAAUUGUUCAAGGACGAUGGAGUCCACUCCUACGCGUCUGAUAUGUGGGCUCUUGGUUGUGUCCUAUAUGAAUGCUUUGUGGGGAGGCCUCCUUUUAUGGGAAGAGAGUUCACUCAACUAGUUAAAUCUAUCCUCUCAGAUCCUACCCCUAUCCUUCCCGGUAGCCCUAGUCGUCCUCUUGUUAACUUGAUUAAUUCAUUGCUAGUAAAAGAUCCAGCUGAAAGAAUACAAUGGCCUGAGCUUUGCGGUCAUGCUUUCUGGCGUACUAAAAUCACUCCAGUAUCUUUACCUUCACAACCAGCUUUUGCAAAUAUGAUAAAUCAACAUUCUAAACCUUGUUUGUCGGAAAGAAAUGGUGAAAAACUUGCUCAGAACAGGACUCCUCCUAAAUAUAGAGAGAAAGAUGCAAAGGGCACUUUAAGACAAAAUGAAAAUUCUGCUUUUGGCUCAAGUAAAAAUGAAACACUUGUUAAAGGUACUCCAGGCAGUCAAAAAACUCAAUCAAAGGUUUCUAGCAAAGUGGUCGAGGAGAAGAAGUUGAAAGAAACUCCAUCUGCUUCCAAGGGAGUAAAUCUUUUAAGACUUUCAAGAAUAGCAAAAUCAAACUUGCAAAGAGAGAAUGAUAAAGAAAAUUACAGGAGACCCGUUUCUGGCAACUCUGAAAAUGAUUCCGAGGUUGAACUUAAGAAUACUGAUAUGGAGCUUGAUUUUAAUGAGAAUGUUGAAGAUGAGUCUCCUGAUGAACCUGAGGAGUCUGAUAAUUUAAAUUGCAAUCAGGAAGACAGGUCAUCGAAUGGGAAUUAUCAGGGGAAGAUGGAGGAGGCUCAAAAUAUAGGAGACCUUUCAGAUUAUUCACCUGCAGUUAAUAUCAAUGCCUCAGAUCUACCAAAUAAACAUGAUCAGGAAUCAUCCUUGGUGCGUACAGAAGUGGUUGCUACUUCACCUAGUGCUAGCCCUCAACUUAAGAACCAAAGAACGAAAGAAGGUUCAGCAUAUGCUCUUGAUACCGAUUCUUUGAAGUCAUCCAAUAACCUUUCGGAGUUUUUUUGGCAUCAGUCUGAUCUUUCGGUUAAACCAGUAAUGCCCAGCAAAAAAUCUGAUAAAAUGUCAGAUGUCAAUACUACCACCCUUCCUUUUGAGGGAUUGCAAGCACCUGAUUUUGUGAAGAUGCCAAAGGAGCGGCAGGAUGCCAUGAGCAGUAGGAUUAUUGCUACUCUCGGUGGAAAUUCUAGUAUUGGUGAGAAGCAAAACAUGAUUAGAUAUCUUGAGAUGCUUAGUAAUAACGCUGAGGCAGCUAAUAUUUUGACCAAUGGGCCCGUAAUGCUCAUGCUUGUAAAAAUGCUCAAGCAGUCCAAGGUUUUGCAAUUGCGUGUUCAACUCACAUCACUGAUUGGCUUGCUGAUUCGCCACUCUACUUUUAUUGAGAAUGACUUGGCAAAUUCUGGUCUUUUAGUUUCACUAACUGAUGGCCUCAGAGACAAGCAAGAAAAAGUUAGGAGAUUUUCUAUGGCUGCUUUGGGCGAGUUGCUUUUUUAUAUCUCCACUCAGGAAGAGCAUAAUAGCAACGCCAAUCCUCCAGAGUCUCCUUUGAAGGAGACUAGAUCCCCCUCUGGAUGGCAGGUUCCAAAUUCAUUAAUUUCUCUAGUCUCAUCAAUUCUUCGAAAAGGAGAGGAUGAUAUAACUCAACUAUAUGCAUUGAGGACCAUCGAAAACAUUUGCAGUCAAGGAGCAAUAUGGGCAUCUCGCUUUACCAGCCAAGAUGUGAUCAGCAACCUAUGCUACAUAUAUAGAGCUUCUGGGAAAUCGGAGAAUAUAAGGCUCACUGCAGGAUCAUGUUUGGUUCGCCUAGUCCGUUUCAAUCCUUCUUGCAUUCAGUCAGUUACAGACAAAUUAUCUUCGAAGGACAUGGCGUGUGCCCUAGUUAAGGGCAAUCCACGUGAGCAGCAAAUCACCUUAAAUCUUCUAAACAUGAUCAUGUUUGGAGGCCAUAUCUUAACUAGCAUUGGAAGGUACCUUCUACCUUUAAUGGAGGAGAAGAAUCUUGUCUCCAGUCUCGUAUCCCUUAUUGAGCAGGCAAGUGAAGUUUUGAAAGGAAAGGCAAUUGUUUUCGUGGCUUUCCUCUGUAAGAGUGUAAGACGGUGGUUGCCUCACUUCUUUUGCAAUGCUAGGUUACUUUCUUCAGUGGACAGGCUCGCGAGGGAGAAGGACAACUAUGUCCAGCAGUGUUUGACUGGAUCUGUGCAUAUCGUGGCAUCUAUUGUGCCAAGUUUGUUGGAUAUGAUUAUAGGAGAUAUUCAACAAAUGAUGGGAGGACGACGUCAUGGGCAUAUUUCCUCCCCCCUUACCAGUCGUGCUGCUCCAAAGACCAAUAUUCACUUGUUUCCUGUUGUCCUUCAUCUUCUUGGAAGUUUAACCUUUAAGCGCAAGGUUGUUAGUCCUCAGGUGCUGCAGCAGUUGUCUGAUCUAAUCAGGCAUAUAGAGACACCAUUUCAGGGCAGGGAUGACUUCCAGAUAACAUUACUUCGGGUUAUUGAAUCUAUCACAGAGGAAUUCUCGGUCAUACUUGAAAAUCCAGAGAUUUUUGUCCAUAAAAUUCUCCCCAGUUUGGCUGUUCUUUACAAAGGUAACAAGGAUGGGGAUGCAAGAUUCUUAUGCCUAAAAAUUCUCUUUGAUGUGCUGGUCAUUUUCCUGAAUGAACCGUCCUUAGAUGGGCAAAGGUUGGAGGAUCUAAAGCAGAUAGCAAAUUUGCACUUCCUUCCUCUCUAUCCUGCCUUGAUAGAAGAUGAUGAUCCCAUACCCAUGUAUGCUCAGAAACUUCUCGUGAUGCUCAUUGAGUGUAAUUACAUCAAAAUUUCAGACAUUUUACAUCUAAAGACAAUCUCCCAAUGCUUUGAGUUUUUGCUUGGCGACCUUUCAAAUGCAAAUGUAAGUAGUGUAAAGCUAUGUUUAGCGCUGGCGUCUGCUCCAGAAAUGGAAUCAAGAAUACUUUCUCAACUCAAAGUCGUUAGAAGAAUAGGAAUUCUGCUAGAGUUUGUGUAUGCCAAGGAUAUGGAGGAUUUUCUCGAACCAACACUUGGUCUCUGUAGAGCUCUCCUUCUGCGUUCUGUUAGUUGUAGAAAGGGAUUCAUCCACUCAAAAGAACCGUUUCUUCUAGGUGACGGUACUCCCGAGCAAAAUGUUCUCGUUAAUCAGCAGGAAUGCAUUAGAGAUAUAUCCGACUUCGGUAACAAUUUUGGAGUUUUCUUGGAGUUGAGUCGGUCCUCAGAAGCAAACAUUGCCGAGAUAGCCUCUGAAUGUGUAGUGUUUUUGGUUAUGGCGGCUCCUAGGGAAGGCACCACUGGUCUUCUUACAAAUCUUCACAAAGUUAGUGUAAUCCUGGAGUCCUGGAGGAAAGGAGGCUGCCUCUUGCUUGUCCAGAGAAUGCUGCAUUCUCUCGGUUAUGCUUGUCGACAGUACUUGGCCCAUGCAAUGAUAUUAUCCCUUUCCACAUCUGAAAUUUCACGGAUUGAGGCAAUUAUAUCUGAUAUCAAGAGUUCAAGUACGCCACGUUUAGCUAAUGAUGCAAUGCUUGUAGCUAUGGAGUUGCAGCGGCUUCAUCGUUGUAUUUGAAACAAGCAAAGUUGUACUUUGUAAAAUUGCCCAGUUAGCUAGCUAGGACAGGAGUAAAAUCUUUUGUUCUAAUACUAUCAUCGUACAGAAGAGAAUGACCUACUGGAAAAUGAGUGGAAAAAGAGGAUUUGAACUCCCCAGGGCGGCUUUGAAGGAUACCCUUCCAGUAUCUAUAGUUCCGAACAUGGAACGUGGUUCUUGGUGAGUUCAAUUCUUUAUUUAUUUGCACAUUGUUAUUUACAUGUUGAAUUCUUAUUGUAUGUGUGUAUAUAUAUUUUUGUACCGUGACUUUCUUCCACUGGCAUCUCUAUACUUUUUGCUUUAUCAGUGCAAUUUUAUCAUGUUAACUGUUAGUGUAGUUCUCUUGCUAUAAAUUAUAAUGGGAGGACCGUACCUUUACCUUUCUA